CGAGGCAGGCUCCGGUCCCGCCCUUGCUCGGAACCCGGUCCCCGAUUGCACCCCCCCCAGCUGCACAGACAUGACACAGACACACAGUCACUGCAGCUGCUGAGCGAGCCCGACGCUCUAGGCACGCGGCGGCCGCCGGACUAUCCGGGAGCUCGCACUCCAGCGCCCGCCAGCGCGCUCCCACGAGGGUCCCUGCACAGAGGUUCCCGUUCGGCCGCGCGCGGGAAGCGGGGAUCGGGCUCCCUAGGCUCGCGGCUCCAGGCUGCCCACGGCGGCUGCAGCGGACGCGCGGCUCCAAACCCUAGCGCUCCGGGAAGUCGGCGCAUCUCGGAGGUGGCUACGGCAGUGGCGGGGGCCGCCUGCCUGGGUUCCCCGCACCCACAGUGCUGCGUCCCGCUCACCGCGCCCCGGUGGCCGUGACCUUCCAACCGGCGUCUACCUCGGCCCCAAGCUCCGGUCCUGCGCCCCAGGCCAGGGCGAGGCCCUUUCCUUCUCGUGGAGCCGCGGGUGGGCGCUCAGGCCGGGGAGAGGGUCACCGCGAGUCGGUACCUCCAGUCCUUGCACUCGCUCGCUGCGCUCGGCACCGGGGCCCGCUGAGCUGGCCCCUGCCUCGCUGCUGCUCCCAAGCCGGGGCGCCUGGAGCCGGGGGCGCGGCCGCACUCGCCUCGCCCGGCGGGUUGCAGGAAGGCCCUGCCCUGAAGGGACUAAGCGGCUAGGAGCGCGGGUGGUGGAGCUGGUAGGGCGGGUAGCCGCUCAGCUUUCCUUCCUGGCGUUGGUUCCCGGGACCCAACCCAGGGCGGCCCCAGUCCCCUGCUCAUGCAGGGCGCCCCGGGCUUGGUAGAGUGCUGGCGUGAAACAGCUCCCGGCAGCUGCCCAGGAGGAGGAGAAAGAGGGGAUUAGUGCUUAGUGGGGCUACGUGGACCUUUCCUGUAUCAUUUAGAGCAGCCUAAGGCUGUCCCGAAGUCUGCACUUGGGACCGACGGAUGGGUUAAAAGAGCACCUGCUGGGAUACCGAUCCGGACCCCCUACAUUUCGUAGGCGUCAGUGUCACCACGCCAUUCAGCUCUUCUGGAGUGUUCCUCUGCUUGGGGGUAGUCGAGGCCAAGAUCUACCACAGUGGGAAGCUAUGCAGACAAUUCCCAAUUUUCAGGUUCUCAGCACCAGUUUCAGUGGGUUAUGUUGUGACCUGACCAAACUCCUCUCCUUUAGAAAGUAUUAUGAGGGAUGCUGAGGACUUCAUGCUUUGGAAAGAGACACGGCUCUGGAAUUAGAAAUUGCUACUUCUGAGAGGAUGCUGGGAAUCUGCAGAGGGAGACGGAAAUUCUUGGCUGCCUCUUUGACUCUUCUCUGUAUCCCAGCCAUCACCUGGAUUUACUUGUUUGCUGGGAACUUUGAAGAUGGGAAGCCUGUGUCUCUGUCUCCCCUGGAGUCCCAAGCACACAGUCCCAGGUACACUGCCUCUAGCCAGCGGGAGAGGGAGAGCCUGGAGGUUCGUGUGCGAGAAGUGGAAGAGGAAAACCGUUCUCUGCGCAGGCAGCUCAGCCUGGCCCAGGGUCAGGGCCCUGUUCACCGCCGUGGGAACCACUCCAAGACCUACUCCAUGGAAGAGGGAACAGGGGACAGUGAGAAUCUGCGGGCUGGCAUUGUGGCAGGCAACAGCUCUGAAUGUGGACAGCAGCCAGCUGUGGAGAAGUGUGAGACCAUCCAUGUGGCCAUUGUCUGUGCCGGAUACAACGCCAGCAGGGAUGUUGUUACCCUGGUCAAGUCAGUCCUCUUUCACAGGAGGAACCCUUUACACUUUCACCUCAUUGCUGAUUCUAUUGCGGAGCAGAUCCUGGCUAUGCUCUUCCAGACCUGGAUGGUACCUGCUGUGCGUGUGGACUUCUAUAAUGCUGAUGAGCUCAAGUCUGAAGUGUCCUGGAUCCCCAACAAACAUUACUCUGGGAUUUAUGGCCUGAUGAAGCUGGUUCUGACCAAGACUCUACCUGCCAACCUGGAGAGAGUCAUUGUCCUAGACACUGACAUUACCUUUGCAACUGACAUUGCAGAGCUAUGGGCCGUGUUCCAUAAGUUCAAAGGGCAACAGGUCCUGGGCUUGGUAGAGAACCAGAGUGACUGGUAUCUUGGAAAUCUCUGGAAAAAUCACCGUCCUUGGCCAGCCCUUGGAAGGGGCUACAACACAGGAGUCAUACUACUGCUUCUGGAUAAGCUGCGCAAGAUGAAAUGGGAACAGAUGUGGAGGCUGACAGCUGAGAGGGAACUCAUGGGCAUGCUGUCUACCUCCUUAGCUGACCAGGAUAUUUUCAAUGCUGUCAUCAAACAAAACCCCUUCCUGGUGUAUCAGCUCCCCUGCUUCUGGAAUGUACAGCUAUCAGACCACACUCGCUCUGAGCAGUGCUACAGAGAUGUGUCUGAUUUAAAGGUUAUCCACUGGAACUCCCCCAAGAAGCUCCGUGUGAAGAACAAACAUGUGGAAUUCUUCCGCAACCUCUACCUGACUUUCCUGGAGUAUGAUGGCAACCUCCUGCGGCGGGAGCUGUUUGGCUGCCCCAGCGAGACUGAUGUCAACAGUGAAAAUCUUCAGAAGCAGCUGUCAGAGCUGGAUGAGGAUGACUUGUGUUAUGAGUUCCGGCGAGAACGCUUCACUGUCCACCGAACCCACCUGUUCUUCCUGCACUAUGAGUUCGAGCCUGCUGCUGACAACACGGACGUUACCCUGGUUGCUCAGCUCUCCAUGGACAGACUCCAGAUGCUAGAGGCCAUCUGUAAGCACUGGGAGGGGCCCAUCAGCUUGGCCCUCUACCUGUCCGACGCGGAAGCCCAGCAGUUCCUCCGCUAUGCCCAGGGAUCCGAGGUGCUCAUGAGCCGCCACAAUGUGGGCUACCACAUUGUGUACAAGGAGGGUCAGUUCUAUCCUGUCAACCUCCUACGCAACGUGGCUAUGAAGCACAUCAGCACACCCUACAUGUUCCUAUCUGACAUUGACUUCCUGCCCAUGUAUGGACUCUAUGAGUACCUCAGGAAGUCUGUCAUCCAGCUUGACCUUGCCAACACCAAGAAAGCAAUGAUUGUCCCCGCAUUUGAGACACUGCGCUACCGACUCUCUUUCCCCAAGUCAAAAGCAGAGCUGCUGUCAAUGUUGGACAUGGGGACUCUAUUCACAUUCAGGUACCACGUAUGGACUAAAGGCCAUGCACCCACAAACUUUGCCAAAUGGCGGACUGCCACCAUGCCUUACCAGGUUGAGUGGGAGGCUGAUUUUGAGCCGUAUGUUGUUGUGAGACGAGACUGCCCUGAGUACGAUCGGAGAUUUGUGGGCUUUGGCUGGAACAAAGUGGCUCACAUCAUGGAAUUGGAUGCACAAGAGUAUGAGUUCACCGUGUUGCCCAAUGCCUACAUGAUCCAUAUGCCCCAUGCCCCCAGUUUCGACAUCACUAAGUUCCGUUCCAACAAGCAAUACCGCAUCUGUCUCAAAACCCUGAAGGAAGAGUUUCAACAGGACAUGUCCCGACGCUAUGGCUUUGCUGCCCUGAAAUAUCUCACGGCUGAGAACAACAGCUAGCACUUGGAAGACCAAUACUAGGGAGAGACGAGGGGAAGAACUACCUGCUGCCUGGGGCCCAGGCUUUGAAGAAAAAUCCAUCACUGCUUUUGGUUGGUUUGUUUCCCUUUGUCUCUUUGACUCCACAAAGCUGCUCUUGUCUGAGAUCUUGGACAGGGACCCAGUCCACCACCAUGAUGUGCUUCCAGAAUGGGACACAGAAGGGCGGAAGCAAAUGAAGAGUUAACAACUGACCACAAAGCCACAGACCCAGUCAGAGUUUCUGGAUGCUCUCACUGCUUUUUAAUAAUUAUGGUUCAAAUCCUAGCUGUGGAGAAAGAACAGGACCUAGGUGCUGUUCUAGGAGUUAAUCACUCCAAGAAAUGAGAGCAAGCUAAUUCUUUGUAGGAAGAGAAUUUUAUUUCUCCUGCCACCUAGCUAGGUACCAAAGCAGAGAGCAAUCCAAGGACCCAAACAACCAUCUGGAGACUUGCAUGGCGUCAUACAUGCAGGGACCUGGAAGUAGGGUGAACUGGUUCUUUAUUCUCAAAGUCUUUCUUGUUUUAUUUUGAGUUGUUUGAAUUUGGGGGAUUUUAUUCAUUUUGAUCUAGGACUCCAAACUUAAAAAAUAUCUAAUCCUUUAAGCUCUAAGAGAAAAAUCAGCUCCCUCAACCAACAUCCCUCAGUCAGCAGUGGCCCAGCAAAGAUGAGCAUCCUCAGAAAAUGUUCACAUAUGGAAGCUUCCUUCAGGUUGAACAGUGAGACCUCCUGAUACUGAGUUCCCACUCUCCAGAUCCAGGACUAUGACAGAGACUAUGGAAAUAUAAGGCCAAACACUGUAUGCAAGUCACAUUUUCUAUGAACAGUGACCAAGUCACAAGGAAAGGGUUUCAAGGAACUACUUCAGUAUUCACAAAAGAUAUGAUUCCCCUCUCAGGAGUUUAAAAGAACUUGAACAGUUCACAGAAGCCCAAUCUGAAAACUCGUGUGACCACAUGGAAGCCACGAGAAGAAAGGGGUCAGGCGCCUCCCUGUUGGAAACAAGGGAGUUGGUGACCUUAGUUUCCCCUCAGGACUUGUUCUAGGGUUGGUAAGCACCUCUUCAUUUUGCAGAUGGAGAAAACACUGAACUUUUACACAUUUUCUUUAUUCUUCACUAUUAAUGUUGUGUUUACAUUGAUGAGAACAAGAGUUAAUGGCCUACCUACUGCUGGGCUGUUUGUAUUGAAUUGCCAUGUGACCAGCAAAAGCUGCAUUCAAUAAACGAAAGUACAGACUGUA